CUCCCCCUGGCCUGGCCCUGACGUCAGGGGAAGGCGUGCGGAUGCGUGUGCCUCUGUGUGUGUGUGUGCGUGUGCGAGGCGCGCAUCAUACACACAUCAGACACCGCGGAUCCAUCGGCAGCCGGUGGGCGGGCAGGCAGAGGGAGAAACCCCUCCAAGAGUCGGGCUGCCGGCGAGACCGCUGCUCCUCGCAAGGCAGCGGAGGAGCGUUGGGCCCCACCGAGCACCGAUGCUUGGCAGGACGCAGCUCCAGGGAGCCCGUCACCGCUAAGGAGGUCUCAGGCAGCAGACCCGCGCGCCCCGGCGCCUUCUUUCCUGUCGCCCGCCCGCCCAUCCCCAAAACGGAGGAGCCCGCCGGUCCCACCAUGUCGUCAGACCCCAGCGCUCCGCCGGCGGUGCCCCCCCUACACUCCCCCAAGUCGCCGGUGUGGCCCACCUUCCCCUUCCAGCGGGAGGGCAGCCGCAUCUGGGAGCGGGGCAACCUCCUGCUGCGGGACCUGCCCAGCCCCCUCCCUACCAAGAGGACCAGGACCUACUCGGCGACGGCGCGUGCCUCUGCCGGCCCCAUCUUCAAGGGUGUCUGCAAGCAGUUCUCUCGCUCCCAGGGCCACGGGUUCAUCACCCCCGAGAAUGGCACAGAGGACAUUUUCGUCCACGUGUCUGACAUCGAGGGGGAGUACGUCCCGGUGGAGGGGGAUGAGGUGACGUACAAGGUCUGCCCCAUCCCUCCCAAGAACCAGAAGUUCCAGGCGGUGGAGGUGGUCCUCACCAACCUGGCGCCGCACACGAAGCACGAGACAUGGUCCGGCCAGAUCAUCGGCUCCUAGGCGCCCGGGGGGGCCGCCGACCGCUCGGCCCCAUGCAGCAAGCCUGCCCAGCCGCUCGUGGUGGGCAUGGGGGGAGCUGAGGCGGCGAUGGGACCAGGGCUGCCCCCAAACACGCAGGCGUUUGCGUUCGGUGUCUUUUAUAAGGUUACAGUUUCCUUUCUCUGUGUGUGUUGUAAGUGUCUGUCGAGGGGGAAGGGGGAAGCAGACCCUUCCCCUGCCACCCCCCAGAUCUGGGGGCAGUGCUGAGCCCCAUGUCCCCUUCCUUGUCCCAGAUGCCAUGGGGGACCAGGGGAACCAGUCCUACCCCCCGACCCCCCGGCUGCCCCGGGCUGAAGCAGGUGCUGAGAGCUGGAGAGGGCCGGGGGGAGGCUGGGGGGGCUCGGAUCGUCCUCCUGAACCCCACUCUGGCAAGAUGGACACCCCGCUUGGUCCCGCAGCACGGCAGCAGUGGGGCAUGCCAUGGGGACGGGGGGAAAUGGGGCGGCAUGGGGCAGCGUAUCACUGUGCAGGGAGUGGGUGGCUGAGACCCAUCCCCAUCGCUGGCAGCUCACGGCACCCGCCUGAGCCACGGCCCUCCAUCAAAAGAUCUCAGGUCAGUGGUGCCACGGGGAGGCGAGUGGCUUACGGAAAGAAAAAAAGUAGUUUUAAGGGGCAAACGGCUGCUGGCAGGGUGCUGUGGGUGCUCGGUGUUGUGCCCGGGGGGCUGGGGGUGCACUUGGCACCUCCGUGCUCCCCACCGGGCCGGUAAUGCACUUUUCUUGGCUCGGUGCUGACGUGGUUUUGGGGAGAUGGCUGCCUCCUCCUCCUCCUCCCCUUGUCCCCCCAGCCCCCUGGGGACCCCUCUUCCCACGCGCGCGUGUGUGUGUGUGUGUGUGUGUGUGCAUGUCCGUAGCUUGCCGGCGGGGCAAGGGGCUGAGGGGUUUGGGUAGCCUCGGCCGUAGGGCAAGCGCAGCCAUCUCCUCCCCAGCCCCUCGGCGUAGGCAGGGUCUCGUAUACAAAGCACAAACUUUGUUUUUUGGUCUUCUCCGCCAUACCCUGGCCAGGCAGGCUCCCGCAGCCCGGGGAGGGACGGGGACAGAGAGCAGUGGGACAGGAACAGCGUGGAGCGGGCUGGGCCUGAGGUGACACCAGGGAAACGGUGCCCGCACCGACGCUCCAGAGAUUAUCAGCAUCUGAAGGGGUUUAUUUCGAAGCAGGGCAAGCGGCCCCCCUGGGCGGGAUGGGCGAUGACAGCCGGAUCGCGGGCACCCACUCGGCGGGAGCCCCCAGUGCUGCCGGUUCCCAGCACUGAUGGAGAGGGGCAUUUUCCACCUUUCUUGCUGCCACUGUUGCGGUGGGGACAAGGGUCCGCUCUAAGUGGGGAGAAGAGGAGGGCAAGGCUGGUGCCAUGCAGGACAGCCGGGGGCCGGUGGAUUUGGGAAAACCACUCCGUGCUGCCCCGUCCCGGGCUGGCAUGGGGACUGCCCCGGGACCCCACAGCCCAUCUCACUGCCAACCCGCAGCCCGGCUCACCCAGGGGCUGCGGCGACACCGGCUCAGGUCCCAGGCAUCCCCGGGACACGCAGUCAGCUUGGCCAAGGCAAACUUUGUUUGAUUCUUUUUUUUUUUUUUUCCUCUUUUUCUGGGAAAUAAACUAAAACCCUAGACUUGUUGGUGUUUUUACAACUCCAGUGUAGUUCCUGCCUGUCUGACCGUGUGUCAACCUUUGUAACAUUGGCAAUAAACCAUUAAAAUUGACUUUCCCAUGA